GUUGAUUGCGUAUUUUUUUGCAGCAUUUUUGCAACUCAACUGCUCAUGCCUAGGGCCUUAGCAUUUUGCAUUAGUAAGUGCCUCAAGGUAUGUGACUUUACCCACGUUAAUUUGUAUUCUAAACAUUUAGCUUUAUUAUGGACUUAAUUUUUAUUUUGAAUGAGUAUUUUAAUUAGUCGAUGCAUUUUAUACUUAUGGGGAUAUAAAUUUUCAUUUACAUUAUAUUGUAGAUAAUAUGUACAAUAAUAUGAUGUGUGAUGUCACAUUAGCGAUCACAAUAGAAGUUCCUUUUAAAGUAUAAAAGUAUCCUACAACUGAGCUUUGACAAACUACUCAGUUGAUUGUAGUAUAAUUUGAUAUUAGUUUAUUCUAAACUAUAAAUUAUACUCAUAUCCUCUGCGUGUAUUGAGCUAAACCAUAUGGGAUAAUUUUUUUUGUAUAGACCAAUUGCUUAAUAAAAGAACAAGACUUCAGUUGUCAUGAAUUCUCGUCUUCUUAAUCUCAAUAUAAUAAUACACGUAUAUUCAAUAUCUGUUUCGUUGAUUCAUCAAUGGGAUUAUGGGUGAGAUUUAUUCAUUAGUUAGUGACUCGGUUGAUCGAGAAAAUUCUUUGAGAGUUAGGUAGAGAUUACAUGUAAAACUUUGCAUAUGGAAGUAAUCUAUGGACGAAAGAAAUUAUAAGCAAUUUAAUAAUUACUAAUCCUCCACUUGAUGUUUUAUAUUAAACAAACACAAACUUGGUCAAUGGAAGCAAUUUCUGGAUGGUUUCCUGUACAAAUUGCAGAAAGAGACUAGAGAAAAAAAUAAAAAUAUUGGAAGUCAACUAUGGCUGUAUUGGCUACUGCAUUAGGUCGAGGCUGUAAGAAGGUGGACUUUUUUUCGCAUGACUUCCACACACUAACAAUUUAACAAGAACCCACAUAGUUUAACUUGAUCUGUGUCUGUAUAAUCUGGAAAUCGAGUAAGGUUUAUAGAGUGAGAGAGAAUGAGGAUUCAGGACAAAAACUCAAAGAAUAAGUCCCAUGUAAGCAUUCAUGCAUGCACCGAAGCUGGAGAUCUCAGUGGCGUCCAGAGGUUGCUUAGCCAAAAUCCUUCCCUGCUUAAUGAAAGAGGCAUUGUUACGGUACAAACUCCAUUACACGUCGCCUCUGGUCACAAUAAAUUGGAGAUAGUGAAGUAUUUGCUCGACUGGAGAGGACCCGGAAAAGUUGAGUUAGAAGCUAAGAAUGUUUAUGGUGAGACCCCAUUGCAUUUGGCUGCAAAGAACGGAUGUAAUGAGUCACUGAGGAUGCUUCUUCAGGGUGGAGCAAAUGUGGAAGCUAGAACAAAUAACAUGAUGACUCCAUUACAUCUCGCUGUUGGUUAUGCACUACGAACAGGAGAUAACUCGACAGUGAGGACACUGGUGUUAGAGUACAAUGCUGAUUGCUCGGCAAAAGAUGAUGAGGGCAUGAUGCCUUUCAACUAUCUACCGGCGGGCGUACAAAAUGAAGAGUUGCUGCAGGUGCUUUGCCAAAACGUUACGCAACAUAUUAAUAAUUUCACUCAACAAGUCAACAAUUUCAUGCAGCAGAUUAACAACACGACAGGCUAUUACUACCAAAAUGGUGCACAACAGAAUAACAACAUAUUCAACACAAGUAACUACUACACCUCAACAAGCUACCUCAAUGAGGAGCCGAAGAACUAUGACAACGGCAUACAGGGAAAGCUUGAAGAAUUUGACAAUGAGCUUUCACAAAUAGUUGGGCUGAAACCUCUCAAGGAGCAACUCCGAAAAUGGGCAAAAGGAAUGCUCCUGGAUGAGAGGCGCCGGGCCAUGGGGAUAAACCUUGGCCCGAGAAAAGCACCUCACAUGGCCUUCCUUGGAAACCCAGGGACAGGUAAGACCACUGUUGCACGAAUACUAGGCAAACUAAUGAAUUCGGUUGGAGUACUUUCUUCUGAUAAAGUGACGGAAGUACAGAGAACAGAUUUGGUGGCAGAGUAUCUUGGACAAACUGGAGCGAAGACAAGGCAAAAGAUUGACGAGGCGAUGGGUGGAAUUCUAUUUGUGGACGAAGCCUACCGUCUGGUGCCCCAGCAAGGGGCAGGGCACACCCAAGACUACGGUGUGGAGGCGCUGGAGGAGAUCAUGUCCGUGCUGGAAGACGGUGAGAUUGUAGUCGUCUUCGCAGGCUACACCGAGCCCAUGAGGCGCGUCUUCUCCUCAAACGAGGGCUUCUGCAGGCGCGUGACCCACUUUUUCGACUUUGACGACUACAGCAGCCGUGACCUAGCCGAGAUGCUGAUGAUCAAAAUGCGAAAAGCGGACGAGAAGAGCCGGCUGUUCGGGUUCAGGCUGCACCCGUCUUGCACGUUAGACGCAGUUGUUGCUGUGAUCGAGAGGUGCUCGACCGAGAAGCUGAGGAGCAAGCUGAAUGGGGGAUUGGUUGACCACAUGCUGAAUAAUGCGAGGGAGUGUUUGGAUGCGAGGCUCGAUUUCAGCUCGACUGGGGACGAGCUGCUGACGAUCACAUUAGGGGAUCUGGAGAACGGGCUCCGCCACCUGGCUCAGAGGGUCAUGGUGGAUUAAUAAGUUUAUGAAACUUGUUUUUUUUUUUUCUUACACAUAUUGUUCUGAUUGAUUGAGCGGGCACAAGGGAGAAAUGCAUAUUUGGUACACAAACUUUAUUUCUUACUUUCAAUACUCUAUAUCCUAAGAUGGAGACUGAGACUACAUUUCAUAGCUAGGAGGAAUAUAAAAGCUUAUCAAGAUAAUGUUAUUCAAUGGAAUAGAGGAAGAGUAGAGGAUGA